UGUAAACAAACUGUAAUUUGACAGAAAAUGUUUAGUGAUUUAUUCUUUAAGCCGAAAUUUAAUUAUAUUCGCGUUACCAUAAUGACCGAAGUACAUGAUAUGACAUGCGACCUUUGUGGAGAGGACCACCUCUCUCGUGAUUGCUCCAUACUGACACGUUUGGAUUUAACGGUCCAGAGUAUAGAGCAUGAAGAGCCCCACCUGGCCUUCAAGUCUUUACCAUCUUGGGUGCGUGUCGAAGGGGGGAGAUCUCAGGGCUUUCGGCUGGUGGUGGUGGGCCAGGCGGUGCCAAAGUAUACCCGCUUGGGCCCUCUCAUUGCCCCACACACGCCAGCGCUCAGUCACUACUCGUCUUUUCCCCUCAAGAUCUAUCAUGCGGGUGGAGGUUGCACAUACCUGGACCUGACAAGGAAGCACCUUUGCAAUUGGCUUAGUCUCAUUCCUGCUGGCUCUCCCACCAACAGAAACCUUCUUGCAUGCCAGAUAGAUGAUCUCCUGUACUACAUUGCUGCAGAGGACAUUUCUGAAGGCUCGGAGCUCAGAGUAUGGUACGCUCCCUUCUAUCAAGAGAAGAUGAAGGAGGAGCUGAAGUCUCUCGGUUACAACCGCAGCUUAGUUGGUUCAGCGGUUGUGGUACGCAAGUCAGCAGUAAGCCAUCAUAUGCCACAUUUGACUGCAGCACUACAGGUGUCACCGUCGCUAUCAAAGAUUGUUGUCGGGAAGGGACAAGUCACUUUUACCCAUAAUGCUGGGGGUAGAGGAUAUGAAACAGGGUUGCAGAACAAGCCAGUUUUGUUGUCAGGUGAUUUUGUGGUUGCUGCUCCUUCGUGUAAUGUGCCUUGGGUUAGGGAUGGACAGAUGUUAAAGCCUAAGAUAGGUUUACAGGGAGAGAACAAUUCACUUACAGACCAAAGAAGAGGUAGACUAGAUGCAAAUGGUCCUAAGCCCUUCCUAGGAACAGCAGAAGCUUUCGUUAAGUCAAGUAUCGAACUUGUGACUGAGAAGAAUGACACUCAUUUGAAGGAACGUAUAGUGACAUUCACCGUUACUGCAGCUUCGCCAAUUCCACGCAUCAAACAGCGACACAAAGAAGGGAAUUUGCAGGCACCAGCUCAGGGAAUACCCAGGGAGGUGGAUUCAAAGCCUCCAGCGAACAUGAACAAUACCAUUUCUAUACUGCCUGGGGCUGUGACAGGAAGAAAGAUAGCAAACAAGCAUAAAGAAGUUAAAGCAGAUGUUCCUCUAGCAAACUCCCACAUUGUCAAGCAACUCCCUCCCCGUGCCCUGGGAGCUCGUGACCCACAGCCCUGGGCCUGUGCUUACUGUGGGGAAAACUACUCGAAGAUCAUACCCUUUGCGAAACAUCUGAAAGCUCACCUCCUGUGGCUGGUUGGAAGGUGUCACAUCUGCCAGACGUGUGGCUGCUCAUUCUCAAGUUCGCAGUUAUUGGAACGGCAUUGUCAGACGUCGCACAAAGAUUAUAAUGGGAAAGCAUUGUCAGAUGGCAGGACAAAUGGUGACGUUGCUGUGAAGUUUGAAGUCCUGAGUGAUGAAGAAAGUGUGGUUGAUGACCCCUGUGCAGUAGGUACUAAAGAGAAAGGCAUGAAUGAAGUGACAGCUAUUCCAACUGAACCUGUGGAUAGGCCCCAUGACUGCCAGAUCUGCCGCAAACAUUUCCACAAGGCUGAAUAUCUGCUGAGGCAUCUGCGGAAGCACACUGGAGAUUUCACCUGUCAGCACUGCUUAAAGGUAUUCGCUCGCAAGGAGGGUCUUCAGAAACACAACUGCCCUGAUGAAGCGAAAGAAAGAAAUUUCAAGUGUUCCUUGUGCAGCAAAGAAUUCAUAAACCCAGUUUUACUGCAACAGCAUUACCUCAAACACAAUGGGAACAGGAAAUGUGACAGAUGCCGACGCACUUUUGCCAACAGUAGUGAGUUGGAUCGCCACUUGAAAUCAUGUCCAUCCGUUGAAGUCACUACUUUCUUUCAGUGUGGUGUGUGUGGGAAGGACUUUGUGAACCAGACCAUCUUAGAUCGUCACAUGGCUGGUCAUAACAGGCAAUACCAGUGUGACAUUUGCAACAAGCCUUACCGAAGUAGUACCAAGCUAGCGCAACAUGUUCCUCUGUGCCGACAGAGUCAGCAAUUAGCAUCAACAGGCCAAGUUACAUGUGAAGAUUGUGGCGUUGCGUUCACCGAUGCCACUGAGUUCCGAUCACAUUACCACACUCACACGCAUCCAUACCAUUGUUCUUGCUGUGGCCACAGGUUCCGUUCCCGUGUCGGCUAUGAGGUACAUGUGUGCGAGGUUGAGCAACAGUGUGACCAGUGCAACAUGGUCUUCCGAUCAGUACAAGCCCUCAACAGACAUGCAGCUGUUCAUGGGCCUGCUCCUUAUACAUGCUCCAGCUGCAGGAGGUCCUACUACAGAAAGGAGAGCUUAGACCGGCAUGUCUGUAGUGUUGAAAUGGAUGUGAAGGAAUCCACGAAGCUUAAAGACGGGCCAAACUUCACCUGUUCUGUAUGUGGAGCUGCAUUGGCAACUAAGCACAGUCUCAACACGCACUUAAGAACUGCCCAUGGAGGACCAACAGCCAAAAGCCUGAGCUGCGAAGUCUGUGGGAAGCAGUUUCUCCGCAAGGAUUUACUGCGAGAACACCAGUCAGUGCAUGCACCUCCCUCGUACCCUUGUCCCACAUGCAAGAAACUCUUCAAGACACGGAAGUAUCUCGAAGUGCACUUCCUGAUGCACCAAGGGAUAAAACGAUUCAGUUGUAAAUAUUGUAAUAAGAAAUUCCACCAGAAGGUGAACCUCUCGAGGCACGAGCGGAGCCACAUGCCGAGAGGAGCUGUCAAGUGCCAGUACUGCGGUGCUCACUGCCUCUCGACCAGCGACCUGAAGGAGCACUUGCUGUCCCACACCCUGCCGCCCGACGUUUCCCCCGAGGACCAAGAGCACGUCGAAGAAGGGACCUUCGCCGCGGGUAAAGCUCCUGUGCAUCCCAAGGAACUCCAGACCUUGCAGGGAAGUCAGCCUGAAAGGGAGGACGCCGGGGGAGGGAUCGGCGCGGAGCUCUUGUCUCAUACACCCUUGGGGCCAGACUUGAAGAUCCUGUCGAGGACGAAGGACGGGCUGCAGACGGAGCAGAGGACGUUCUCGGGGCCGACGAGUGUCAUCGACGCGGAGCAAACCCUGAGCACAGCGCCGAAGGUGGUGGAGCUGACGGUGAAGGAGAGAUUGGACCCCGGCAUCGGCACGGACUUCAAGACGAGCCACGUCCUGGGCAGCGGGCUGAGAGCGGAGUUGGUCCAUCAGGUCGUGCCCGUGAUGGCCUCGGAUCUGGCCAUUCAGGGAGGCUCGGCCCCAGGGAGGCAAGUGGACAAACACUCGGUCCUUGUACCGCAGACGCUUUCAAACCUUUCCCUGGCCUCCAGCGAACAGAGCUUCGCCAGCAACUACAUCCUCCCCAGCGAGUCCACGAGCUCGUCCUCGGUCGUGGCGGCGCCGAACAACCUCUGCAACACGGGUGUCUUUUCGGCGCCCGGUGGCUCGCUGAAUUCCGACGUGUGCCGCCUCCCCCACAGCGUCCUCCUCGAGCCAGCCCGCCUCGUGCCCGUCGCGGAGACGUCGCACACCUACCACUUAAGUACAAAGGAGGGCGGGCAGAGGGCCGAGGAGAGAGGGGGUAGCAACAUGCACUUCGCGUCAAGUCAGCUGACCGCCAUGCCGACCGAAGCCAGCAAGCCAGACCCGCCGCAAGCGCUCCAUUGCCACAUGCUGAGUGGCGAUGAUGUGGUCCAGCGCGUGAUGCUAGUCACUGAUCCCCCGGUGUCGGAGUGUUGAACAAACAGGAUACAUUUCCCUGAUUUCCCGAUUUUCUGUAUUUUGUUUUUAUCAAAACCUUUUUAUAGGCUACGAGUACAUGUGGGA